AUGUUCAUCGACGAUGGCACGGUAUUGUCAAGUUCCUUCGUAUCGGUGGCCACCCCGUCGUGUACUCCUUCUCACUUUCUUAUCUGGAUCGGGGAAGAUGGAGUCCUAAUCGAUCUCGGUGGAAUUUCUAUGAAGAUGCAUCCCGAUAAGCCCGGUUACGCUGUAGCGAAGUAUGGUAGCAAGGUUGAGUACGUGGAGCCGGCUGUUAGGACCAGGGAUUUCCGUGCCACGAAGAUGAGCUAUGCUACCGAUGUGAUCUACGGCGACUGCGAAAUAGGUGUGGUCGGGACUCUCACACAGGAUUACGUUGGCAGAAGCGUGUACAAGAUCGAUGAGGCUGAUAUGGAAAAGAUGAUGGAGAAUAGGUUCGUGUCUUAUGGCGACGUCUCGAUAGGCCACAAGGGAUACAUCAAUGACUCCUCCCUCAAGAUCAUGUCUGGAAACGAUUCGGUAUCUACGAAAACGAUGACGGGGAAGCUCCAAUGUGGUGGCUUGGCUCCCUUGGACGGUUUAUCUAUUGUGAGGCAGAGAGCCCUGUAA